AUGGUAAGCGCAAACACCCCGCAGUAUCAAGAAAUGCAGGAUACUUGUCAUGACUUUCGUGCUAUGGACAUUUCCAAGCAGCGCCUUGCGCUCGCUAUCUGCGAUUUCCUUUCUGCCUCAACAAACGAUGGUACCCUUACCGCCGACGACAAGGACUCCAUCGAUGUUGCCAUCAACUGUAUCGCCGAGUCUUUCAAGGUCGACCCUACCGAUACCUCUGCCGUCUCAGCAGCCAUCGGAUCGCAGAACCUCCUUCAAAUUUACUCCGUCUUCGAGAAGGCCCGCGCUGAUAAGCCCGCCGCCGCUCCUACUCCCGCACCCGUCGUGCUCACCGAGGAACAGAAGAAGGAGGCCGAGGCUCUGAAGUCAAAGGGUAACGCUGCCAUGGCCCAGAAGGACUACAGUGCUGCCAUCAACUUCUACACUCAGGCUUUGGCCAUCAACGCCAGCAACGCUGUCUACCUUUCCAACCGUGCUGCCGCCCACUCCGCCAACAAGGACCACGCUUCCGCUCGCUCUGAUGCUGAGUCCGCCGUCACCAUUGACCCCGCUUACACAAAGGCCUGGUCCCGCCUUGGCCUUGCCAGAUUCGCUCUCGGUGAUGCUCGCGGUGCUAUGGAGGCCUACGACCGUGGCAUCCAGCACGAGGGUAACGGUGGUUCUGAUGCCAUGAAGAAGGGUUACGAGACGGCCAAGCGCCGCGUUCAGGAGAUGGAGGCCGAGGAGGACUCUCUUCCCCGCGCUUCCCCCAGCGCUGGUAAUGAUGCCAACGCCGGUGGAAUGCCUGAUCUGAGCAGCCUUGCCAGCAUGUUUGGCGGCGCUGGCGGCGCUGGUGGUGCUGGCGGCGCUGGUGCUGGCGGUAUGCCCGACCUUGGUAGCAUCAUGAGCAACCCCAUGUUCGCCAACAUGGCUCAGAAGCUCAUGAGCAACCCUGACCUCAUGAGUAACUUGAUGAGCAACCCUCGUCUUCGCGACAUGGCCGACCGAUACUCUUCUGGAGGUGGCAUGCCCGACCUCAACAGCCUCAUGUCCGACCCUCAGAUCGGAGAGAUGGCUCGAUCCAUGAUGGGUGGAGGAGGCAACCCCUUCGGCGGUGCUGAUGGUGCCAACGGACAACCUGGACAGGGUGGUUCGCAACAGUAA